GGCCAGGUUCCUGCUCAGGUGGGGAUAAGAUGAGUUGGGGUUGGGCACCUACUGCAUGGUUCCAAGUCUGUCACUAGAAUUGGGAUUUGGUUGUUCUUAGUUUCUGAAUAGAGAAGUGGCAGGUUUUAAACAUUAGUUCACUGAGGAGCAGAUAAGCUAGGCUAAAUAUUGAUAUUUUGCUCAUAAUCACAGUUUACCAUGAUUUCGUAGGUUUGGUGUUCUGAGGUAUCUACAGGGCUUCAGAUAUUUAACAGAACAUCUACUGUUUGGAGAACUAAAUCUACUAGUCAGAGCUGAGGUGUCAAAACACAGAGAAAAGCAUCAAGAUGCCCAUAGCGCAGGCCAGGGGUGGAUCAGUCCGUAAAGCAAAGAAAAUUACUGUAAAAACAUCUUUAAAUAACCCAUAUGAUAUCAAGUGGAACACCCUAGAAGGAGAUGAUAUGCACUUUAUACUCCAGACCUUGGAAGAAAAGAUUAAACACAUUGGACUUAAAAAGAUUGAGACUCGAAGGAGGAAAAAACGUUCUAUUGCAAAAAGGCAAAUUAAAGAAAAAUGUGAUGCUAGUGAUUGUAGUGUACUUCCAAAGGAGAAGGAAAUAGACCAUAUUCAACAAGAACAAGGAUGGACUGACUUAAACAUCAGGAAACAGCUUGCUAUUGGAAUUAAUGAGGUUACUAGAUCUUUGGAAAAAAAUGAACUACUUCUAGUGCUGGUGUGUAAAUCUGCAAAACCUACUAUGAUCACCAUGCACCUUAUUCAGCUCAGUGCAAGUCGAGCAGUCCCAGCUGGCCAGGUUCCACGUCUUAGUGAAAGCAUAGCUCCUAUGCUUGGCUUAACAUCUGUUCUAGCACUGGGUUUUAAAAAGAAUUCUGAUACUUUUACUGAAGUAGUCGAAGGUAUAAUACCACGGAUACCUAGCUUGGAUGUGCCCUGGAUUCACCAUAGAAGUGAGCAACAUAUGGCGGAGGCAUAUACUGAUCCUUUGGAAAUUCAAGAUACCGAGCUUAUGGAGACCUCCGUGGAGGAGUUCUCUCAAAGCCAUAAGUGGAAAUGUACUGAAAGCAAUAAGUCGGAUUCUUCAAAUGUUACUUUACAAGCUCUCAGAAUUAAAAAGCUUGUUCCAAAUCCAAAUAAGAUACGAAAACCUCCCAAAAAUAAAAAAGCUGCUUCAAAAUAACUUAGUUUAGUACAGGUCUUUACAGUGGGAGUAAAGUGAUUUUGAUGAAGUAUUGGAAACUGCCCCAUGUAACUAAGUUAGCUGCUUUUAAAUGUCAUGGCUUCAGAAGUAAAGUCAUUUGACCAAUAGAAGAUGAACUCAGAUUUGUUUUGUUCUGACAUUAAAGCAUGCAAUCUAUAAAAUUGUGCAUAAGUGUUAACUACUUUCUUAAGACAUGUUUAACUAUUGUUUAGAGAGCCUGGGCUUACUGGUGUGUGGUAUAGUUCUAGAAUGUGCAUUUGCUAUUAAUGAAAAGCAUUAAGCAAAUUCUUUCGUUUUUAGGGAAUGAAUAUACUUAGAACAAAACUCUAAAAUUAAAUGUAACUAUUCAAACAAAUGAAUAUCAAAAUUGAAAGUUUAUUCAAACAAGUGUCCAUGCUGGUAUAAACUUUGUUUUUUAAAAGCUGGUCAUCUAUAAGAUGUUUCAAGCAAACAUCUGUAACUGGUAGGCACGCACACAGGCUCUGGUUUUGAAUGUUAAUACUCUGCUCUACGAGGUUGGUUUUGGUCAAGAGAUGCAUGCUAAACUGGUUUCCAGAUAUAUUUGGUCUCUGAUAUGCUAAAGGAAAACAUUAGUCUUGAUCAACAUACGAAUAAUUAAAUACUUCUGUUGCAGGAAAAAUGCAUUUUAAAAAAGACUGUUGUAUGCAAACCGAGACAUUCUCUCACAGGAGCCACAUAAUACAAAGACGAAGUUAACUGUCAAAAUUAUUUCACAAAGGGAGUUUAGAAACUAUUUCCAAUAACUUCAGAUAUAUUUUAUGUACUAUUGCAUGUAAAAUGGCAGGUAAGAAUUGUAAUAAUUCCAAAUAGCUGAAAAUGGUAUGAUACUUAACUCUUGAAGGGAAAUGCACUUUAAGAAACUGCCAUAGUAAGCAGUAGAAUGUAAUGAGAGCACACACCAGAUAUUUUGCAGGAAAUUGUGUAAGGAUGUUUAGAAGGUAGGGAACAAUGAAGCAGCUCAGACUGCAAUAAAAAAAAAAGUGUAUGAUCUCAACAAAAUAGAAGUAGUUUACUGAGAUCUCACAUUUUACUCAAAAGCUACUACUGUCCUUCAGGAAGAAAGCUAGCAAAAACCUUUCUUUAAGUGAGCCUGUGGUUUUUUUUUUUUUUUUUUUUUUUUU